CCCACCCCUCGCCCCCCCCCCCCUCUCUCUCUGCUCCGUCUCUGCUUCAAACGCAAUCCAAACCCUUCCCUUCUCUCUCUACCUUUUUCUCUCCCUAAAUUCGCAGCCCCAUCGGUGUUGCUUUGCGCGAGCCUGAAAUCGAUGGAAGCGCCGGAUUUCCUCUACUUCGGACCCGCUGGAGACUCCCAUUUCUUGCCGGACAACCGCUUCUCGGAUCAGAAGCCGAGCGACAAUAAUGGCCAUCUCACCGUCGACGACCUGCUCGACUUCUCCAAGGAGGACGAGGUCAUGACCGACGCUUUCUUCGACAAUGUCGCCGGCAAUUCCACCGAUUCCUCCACUGUCACCGUCGUUGAUAGCUGUAAUUCGUCGGUUUCCAGCGGCGAAUUCCAGUUCUCCUGCAACGUUGGCUUCCCUGACUCUCAAUUUUGCGGCGAACUCUGCGUUCCGUACGACGACUUGGCUGAGCUGGAAUGGCUGUCGAACUUCGUGGAGGACUCGUUCUCCAGCGACGACUUGCAGAACCUCCAACUGAUCUCCGCAACAAAAGUUCCCGCCGACACCACCACCACCGCCACCGCCACCUCAUCAUCGGAAACCGUCGACAACCGCCACAAUCCGCCGCUGUUCCCUGCCGACGUGUCAGUCCCCGGCAAAGCCCGGAGCAAACGGACACGCGCCGCGCCCUGCGACUGGUCCUCCCGCCUGCUCGUCCUCUCUCCGGCCGCCUCGUCCUCAGAACCAACCACCACCUCAAAGACGCUCAAGGCAACGCCGCUGAAGAGGAGGGACGCCGCCGAGACUCCGGGCCGGAAGUGCCUGCAUUGCGGGUCGGAGAAGACGCCGCAGUGGCGGACGGGACCGAUGGGCCCGAAGACGCUGUGCAACGCAUGCGGGGUCCGGUACAAGUCGGGGCGGUUGGUGCCGGAGUACCGGCCGGCGGCUAGCCCCACGUUCGUGUCGGCGAAGCACUCGAACUCGCACCGGAAGGUUCUGGAGCUGCGGAGGCAGAAGGAGGUGCAUAGGCAACAGUUUCUGAGUCAAAGCUCCAUUUUCGGCGCAUCAAACGGUGAAGAAUACUUGAUUCACUACCAAAGUGGUCCAGAUUACAGGCACAUGAUAUGAGUUUAAUUUCUAUCUCUCUCUCGGAGUGAUUAGCGCAUGAUUAGUAGGGCAGACGAAGAAGAAAAAGAACUCUCCCAGUUGUUAACAUCCAAAAAUCGAGACAGCUUAUUAGUUUUCUAAUUUCCAGUGCUUAGUUUUUGCUUUCCAUGGUAAAAUCCAGCGUAGCAGAGAGCAAGAAGGGAAGAAGACGGGGGCAAAAUUGUCAGAUUCUUGUAGACCCUGUAUUGUUUUCCAGUUUUCUCUUCUUUUUUUUUCCUCCUCAAAUUUACCAAAUUAAGAAUUAAGUUCUUGAAGUUCA